GGGAAGAUAUGAAGUAUGAGCAUUCCUUCAAGUUAUCGUCUUUUAACUUCCCUUCUUAUAAUAACCUCUCGCUUUCCCUCUAAUAAGGUUAAAGUUAAACCCUUUCUUCUACCUCCAAUUCGCUACACAUCUACAUCUCCACUCAGGCCUACAACACCAGGGUUUAAUUUCAAUCGCCUUUACGGAACGAUGUUGAAAACGGAAACCCAAUCGGCGAUUUCGCCAUCGCUUUGCUCGCCGCCUCUGUCUGUCCAGGUCAGAGAUAAUAUUCAUCUGACGGAGAAGGAGGAAGAUAUAUUUGAAUGCUUGCGGAAAGUUCUUCUCCAUUUCAGUCUUAAGACACAGCUUCGAGUUGCAGGUGGAUGGGUUCGCGACAAGCUAUUGGAUAAAGAAUGCUAUGAUAUAGAUAUUGCUAUUGAUGAUAUGCUGGGAAGGGAAUUCUGUGAGAAAGUUAAUGAAUACUUGUCAGUAAUUGGGGAAGAAGCACACACCAUUGGUGUUAUUCAAUGCAAUCCGGAUCAGUCAAAACACUUGGAAACAGCCAGGAUGCGCCUAUCUGAUAUGUGGAUUGAUUUUGUUAACUUACGAGCUGAAGACUAUAGUGAGAAUAGCCGCAUUCCUACAAUGAGAUUUGGUAGUGCUAAAGAGGAUGCAUAUAGAAGAGAUUUAACCAUCAACAGCCUAUUCUACAAUAUCAAUACUAGAUCAGUUGAAGAUCUUACCGAGAGAGGCAUUGCUGACCUGAAAUCUGGAAGGAUAGUUACUCCUUUACCUCCUAAAGAGACCUUUUUGGAUGAUCCCCUUCGUGUUCUUCGAGCUAUUCGUUUUGCUGCAAGGUUUGAAUUCAAGCUAGAAGAUGACCUUAAAACAGCUGCUUCUGACAAUGAUGUUAAGACCGCCAUUUCAGAAAAGAUAAGCCGAGAACGCAUUGGUCAUGAGAUUGAUCUCAUGGUCUCCGGAAACCAACCUGUUACUGCAAUGUCACACAUAUCAGAUUUACAACUAUUCUCUGUAGUCUUCACCCUCCCAUCCUUAAUCGAGCCUUCAUUGUUAGAGGACUGCAGCAAAGUCUGUGUUGCAUACAUGACCGCUGCAUGGAAGCUGGAGCAGUUACUCGGCUGUUCUAAUUUCAACAACGAGCAUAAGAGGUUGAGUUUAUACGCUGCACUAUUCUUGCCAUAUAGACAUACCAUAUAUCUAGAUAACAAAGGAAAAAGGGUUCCUGUUGUCAAUCACAUUUUCCGCAACUCUCUAAAGCUCAAGGCAAACGAUGCUGAAACAGUUAUGAAGGUUCACAUCGCAGCAGAGGAAUUCAUCUCCUUAAUUCCUUCAAUCACGUCUGAGAAAAACAUGGACGUUGAUAUUUCCGAGAAUGUGAGUGAGACGCUAGAGAUCCCAACCGCUUCCAAAUUGCGUGUUUCAGUUGGGAAAUUGUUACGAGAAAUUAAAGAUUUCUGGAGAGUGGCAUUAUUGACCUCCUUGUUAUUGCAUCCGACUGAUAUUAUCAGUUCGAAUGAAGAAUCGUCGAUUAAGAAACGUGGGGAAGUGUUUAAGAAGGUUGAGAAUGAAAUUAUGAAGAUGGGUUUGGAAAAAGUGUGGGAAAUGAAGCCAUUGCUGGAUGGGAAGGAGAUUAUGAGCAUUUUGCAGGUGAAAACGGGAGGGCCGGUUGUGAAAGAGUGGCAAGUGAAGUUGCUUGAGUGGCAGCUUGCGUUUCCAUUGCGGAAUGCUGAUGAUUGUCGCGAAUGGAUGAGGUUAGCUUAUAAUGCUAAACGAGCGAGGAUCGAAUAAAUGAAUUGAUAGUUUAUGAAAAAGGAAGAGGAUAUACAAACUUGAUGAUUUUGGUUUAGGUCUAAAGCACUUAUUAUUUAUAUUUGUAAUUUUGUACACUUAGAACUAGCAUUGGUUUACCUACUUGAUGUAGUUUAGUGACACUAACCACCCUUAAGUUUUUCAUGUUUUAUUUUAUUUUUUUGUUUGGUAACCUUC